AUGGAGACCGCAGUACCGCCAGACCAAUUGCGCCUCUCUUCACAGGCGCAGAAUGGCUCAUACAUCCUCCGCAAGCUGGUCUCCAACAUCCCACUAUCAGCAGAUGGGCCGACUGCAGACGUAAGGAUAACUUGUGUUGAAGUAUGGAAUGGCAAUCUUUACAUUGGCACAUCCGCUGCAGAAAUUAUACACUAUGUCCUCAUACCCCCCGAACCCAAUGACCCGUCCGGGGAACCCACAGCCAUCUUUGCCUCGAGAUUUCCAGUCGCGAACACACAUGCCUUGACGGGACCAGGAGUCCAACAGAUAUUACCUCUACCUAGCGUUGACAAGGCAUGCAUUCUAUGCAACAAUACUCUCACGUUCCACUCGUUACCGGAGCUCACGCCGGCCUUCCCAAACACAAAGCCACUGUCAUGUACCUGGGUUGGAGGGGUGGACCUCAAUGCGGACUACGACGACCGGUCACGCGACGAUGGCGUCGUUCUAAUGAUAUGUCAGAGGAGCAGGAUCAGGCUAGCAAGAGUGAGCGAAGAAGGACCACGGAGCUUAAGAACCAUUGAGUAUGGAGGCUGUCCAAUAUCUGUCCGCAGGGAUGACUUUGCAUGUGUUGCAGAUGCUCAUUCCUACGCGCUGCUAGAUGUCGAAAACCAGCAGAAGAUCGGUCUUUGCCCGAUAUCCUCCCUAGAUCCGGACGGCGGGGACGUUGGCGGAGGGAUUGAAGAUAUCCCUUCAGGACCACCAUCACAUAACGUUUCUCGUAGUGUAUCAUCCGCGAGUACACGGCCGACGACUCUAAAACCACGAGAGGAGCCGCGAGGCCAUAGCAGGAGCACGAGUCUAGGCAUUUUCAGCUCUGGUGCCCGCACAGAAAGCCCACGGCCACCAGCAAGUCAAAGAUAUGGAUUUGAUGUUCCGGAGUCAUUCCAGAGGACGCAGUCUCCUGCUGCUGGUCGUUCACGAGAGAGACCAGCGCACCCGGAGAGAACGACCAGCCUUCCCAGAACUCCUACGCCAACGCCCGACAAACCAUUACCACCUGCCCCGAUAGAGGCUGCCGAGGAAACGGCACCGAAAGUAGAAAAGCCAUUCGUUCCUCUCAAGCCACAUGUUGUCUCCCCCAGUCCAUCUGAAUUCCUGCUGACGCGAGGUACAAUACCUUCUGAGCCGGGUUUUGGAAUGUUCGUGAAUUUGGAAGGGGAUUUCGUACGCGGCACAAUCGAGUUCAGCAACUAUCCAGAUGCACUCGUUGUAGAUGGAAGUGGCAUAGAUAUGGCCAGCUCACUGGGACCUGAGCAAGAUGUAGAAGAAGGCUAUAUCCUGGCUACAAUGCAUUGGGAGGGAGAUAAAGGCAUAGAAUACGGAGUAGAGCUUCAGCGAUGGGACGUCGACUUGGGUGAAGGCCAUGCAUAUAAAGAGUGGCUGGAUGUCACUGUUCUUCCAGGUUCCUCUACGACAAGCGUCCCCGGGAAGCAUACAGCGACACCCCUAGGCAUUCGGAACAUUGUUGCACCAAACGAUAUUGUACUGUCCGAAAUUGGCGAGAAACUUUCGGUGCAACGUUUAAAUCUUUCUGUUAUCUCCGGCAGCCCUUCUCCAGCCAAGGAAGCACCUGUCUCCAGGACGCGGCGACGGACUGCUCAAGAACAAGCAGAUUUUGAAUUCACAGAACGGUUAUCGAAGCUACAAACCCACAUUGUGCUUUGGGCAGAUAAUCAGGUCUGGUGGGUUGUACGAAGCCCUCUUGUCAUCAAGCUUGAUGCCCAGCUUGAGCAAGCGCAAUAUGCUCCAACUGACGACGGUGUUCGUAUUCACCCAAACCGUGAGCUAGUUGAGCACUUACUCAACGAGAUUCGUGGGCAAGAGCCUCGAAGCGAGUCAGAGUAUUUGGGAUUAAUCUACAUUCGACAAAAGGCUUCAAUCCUUCUAUUCAUGGAACUUAUCCUUCGAAGCACAACGAACAUCAUCAUCUUUGAAAGUGAGAAGAGGACGACAGAAAAUGCGUUGAUACAGGGAGAGGUAGACCCUAGAGUGAUUCUAGCUCUGCUUCCCAUACUUGAGAAAGAGGUCGUUGAAGGUCCUGAAGGCAUCACUAUCUCAGGCGGACUCACUACCUUGGUCGAGCAGUUCCUAGAACAAAACGACCUCUCUGCGAUGCCGGCUACCGUAAAUGGGCCUUUUGGCGACAAUCUCCUCCAACUUGUUAAGAGAUUUCUUUUCUCAUGGAAACGAAGGAAAGGUAUGGCAAGCGUUACUAAUGACCCCCAUGUCUUCCAGACGGUGGAUGCUGCUUUACUACACAUACUACUGCUCCUUGAUCGAGACAGUCCAAAAGGGCCCGCGACUGCAGGCUCGAUCCGAUCAGAAUUGAACGACGUUGUAGACAGGGAGGUCGAGUGUUUCGAUAGAGCUGUCGCUUUGUUAGAAGAUUUCAAGCGCCUUUACGUCCUGAGCCGUCUAUACCAGAGUAAUAGCAGGGCUUCUUCUAAAGCGACCAAGGUUUUGGCAACCUGGAAACGCAUAUUGGAAGGGGAAACAGACGAAGGAGGUGAAUUUGCUGAUGGAGAGCAAGAGAUGCGCAAAUAUCUGGCCAGGAUCCGAGACCAGUCGCUGUUCGAAGAGUAUGGUUCUUAUCUUGCGAACAGAAACCCCAAAUUAGGUGUUCAGGUCUUCACAGAUGACCACAGCAGAGUCAAAUUCGAGCCCAAUCGAGCUGUUGCUUUGCUUAAGGAGAAGGCUCCAGGUGCCGUGAAAGAGUAUCUCGAGCAUCUCGUCUUCGGGAAGAAGCACACAAAAUACGUCAAUGACCUCAUCGCCUUCUACCUCGAUAUCGUCAUCACCGAACUCGAGACUUCCCCUAACUCAAGAGCAAUAUUGCUCCAAACAUACGAGACUUACCGCGCUCUUACCCCUCCAAAACCGACCUACCGCCAUUUCAUCACUGAGAACUCCAUCGGCAAAGAAUGGUGGAACUCACGUCUCCGUCUCCUCCAACUCCUCGGCAGUAACCAAGGUGCUGCCUCAUCUUACGACGUUCCCACUAUUCUCUCCCGUCUUGAGCCCUACGAACAGGAGCUCGUCCCGGAAAUGAUCAUCCUCAACGGCCGCCAGGGCCGCCACGAAGAGGCGAUUAGGCUGCUGACCCAUGGCCUCGGCGACUUCGAUACGGCCAUCAGCUACUGUCUUCUCGGUGGCUCGAGCAUAUUCCGGCCGCCGUCCGGGUUCGUGCCUCAGGAAGCCAUUCCAUCACGAGAAGAGCAGGCACGCCUGUUCGGAUAUCUGCUGCAUGAGUUCCUGAAGAUCGAAGAUCUUAGCGAGAGGAUUGAGAGGACGGGCGAGUUGCUAGAGAGGUUUGGGGGGUGGUUUGAUGUGGCGACCGUGCUAAGCAUGAUCCCGGACUCAUGGUCUAUUGAGAUCUUCUCUGGUUUCUUGAUCAAUGCGCUACGGCGGUUGGUUAGAGAGCGCAGCGAGACUUCUAUAAACAAGGCACUGAGUGGUGCCCAGAACUUGAAGACGAGUGAAGAUUUGAUUGAUCGGGCGGAAGAACUAGGGCCAACUGUUGAGCGGGUGAUGUGAGGAGGGGUUUGAAGUGAUAGACAUACUAUGAGCGUGUAACUAGUAUGAUGUUUAGCGUGGAAUAUCCUCAUCGCGAGUUCUUCAAAAGGACAAUAUGUAUAUACAAGAGAAAGGAGUCCCAAUGUAUCUCUUCUUCUCACCUAUUGCUCAUGAUGUC